CCUGGUGACUUAACCUAGAAAAAAAUAAACAAAAAAGGAGUAAUUGUUUGUUGUCAAUUAACAGUUGUCGUGUUAAAAUUUUUUAUUGUUUAUUAAUUAUUUAGUGUGUGUUUAUUUUUAAACUACAAAUUGUUAUUUAAAAAUGGAAGAAACAAUGGAGUAUUCUGAAAGUAUCGAAAACAUUGACGACAACAAUGAUGUAUCUGCUGCUGUUGAUGAAGAUGAUGAUGAUGAUGAAUCAGAAAUAAAAACAACAGCUGAAGUAUUAACAGAAGUAACAAAUGCAUGGUUAAAUGAAAAAUUUGCUCCAGAAAUAUUACAACAUAAAUCUGAAUACGUUGAUUGUUUAUUACUUCAAAUAUCUCAUAUGGAAGAUAAUAUUAAAAAAAAAUUAACAAGCAAUGAUAUGAGAUUAUUUAUAUAUCAACAAGAAAUUGAUCGUAUUAGAUAUAUUGUAUCAAGUUAUUUACGUAUUAGAUUAUUAAAAAUUGAACGUUAUGUUAUAAAUAUAUUGAAAGAAGAAUCAGAACGUAAUGAAGAUGAACGUUUAUUAACACCAGCUGAAUUACAAUUUGCUAAAAAUUAUGCAAUGAAUAUGGAGACAUUAUUGAAGAGUGUUGUUUUACAACAUUUACCACCAACAUUACAAGAAUUUGAAAUUGAAAAAUUAGCAGUAUCACCAAAUUUACAUGCACAUGUUAUCAUGAAAGCUAAUAAAAAAAUUGAUGGUGUUAUUAUACCAGGACCAACUGAUGAAGAAGUUGAUUUUGAAGAAGAUUCUGUUCAUAUUAUAUCCUACAAGGCAAUAUCACAUUACAUCAAAACUGGUGAUAUACAAUUAAUCUAAAAAUAAUCAUCAUUACACAACAAAUUAAUAAACAAUAUAUAUAUUUUUUUUUUCUCACUUAAAUUAUA